UACAAACAAAAACUUCCUUUCGAACACAGUUUACAACUUUUUCAUGUAUUAGUUAAGAGCAAUUUUCAAAGUCUCAAUCAAAAUAUUCUGAGUUGAAAUUCCAUUUCAAUUAAGAAUUUUUAUAGUUUCGGAGAAUUCAAUCUAGAACCCAAAACUUUUUUCACAACUAAAGCGUAAUUUUCAACAAUUCACUCAAAACGUGUUGAGUUGAAAUCCCAUCUCAAUUAAGAAUUCUUGUAAUUCCGGAGAAUCCAAUCUACAAGAGAACCAAAAACACGCUAAAAAGUGAUCAAUGGCAUUCACAACAAAUUCGAAUGGAAGAGUGAGCACCGAGGUUUUGAUCCCGAAGAAAUGGAAUCACAGAGAGACUUCUUCUCCUGAGAGAAACAUUAUUUGGAUAGAACCAAAACCUUAUAAUAAGGUAUUGAAAAGUGUUCAUGUUAUCUAUUAUCUCUCCAGAAAUGGCCAACUUGAGCAUCCUCAUUUCAUUGAAGUUCCUCUCUCUUCCUCCGACGAUGGACUCUAUCUUAAAGAUGUGAUAAACCGGUUGAAUUUUCUGAGAGGGAAAGGCAUGGGUUAUUUGUUCUCCUGGUCCUGCAAACGAAGCUACAAAAAUGGAUACGUGUGGCACGAUUUAUCGGAGAACGAUUUGAUUCAUCCAACGGACGGUCACAACUACAUUCUCAAAGGUUCAGAGCUUCUAGAAACUUCAAUGAGUUCCCGAUUUUGUGAGCUUUCCUUACAUGAAUCACAAAAAUCACCUUCCGAUUCUGAUGAAUAUCGCGAUUCUUCUUCUUCAAUUAGGCCGACGAGGACGAAGAGGAAUCAGUCGUGGAGUUCAUUCGAGAAUCCUCGACAUGAGCACAGGUUAAUUUGCAAGUGUCAGUCAGGUCGAGAAAUCACCGAAAAUCUUAUGAUGCAUGCGGCGACACAGACAGAGGAGAAGCGGAGGAAGGGAGGAAUCAUUGCGGAGCUGAGCAGAGAAGAAUUGUCUCCGGCACUGUCGAUGUCUAGCUCCGACGGAAAAGACGGUGCUGAUAGGUCGAAGGGAGUUAAUGUUGGAGAUCAAACGGCUGAGAAUGAGUUUAGUAGUGGAAGAAUGAGUGUUUCUCGAGUUAUGAUGCAGCUUAUCACUUGUGGAUCGUCUACUUCAGCUGAUUGCUCGAUGGCAAAAGGAAAAAGUAGUACCAAAAAUUAUUGGUUAAGUUAGCAUUUGAUUAUAAAUUGUCAAUUGUGUGUAUUAUUUUUUUUAUUUCUCAAAGUAGUAGAUUCAAAUAUUAUUGACGUUUGGACAUAAAUUGAGUGAUAUUUUUUUUAAAAAAGUACC